AUGGGUAAUAAGGCACCCAAGACUAUUUUCACCGAUCAAGAUCAUGCAAUGGCAAAUGCCAUUAACACUGUUCUUCCGAACACUAAUCAUCGUCUAUGUAUAUGGCAUAUUGGGAAAAAUACUACACAUCAUAUAGCACAUCUUCCGAGAUCGUCGGGCUUUCGUGAUAAGUAUUGGCAUAAGCUUCUAUAUCAAUGUGAAUCCGAACUUGAAAUGGAGAACAUUUGGAAGGCUAUGUGUCACGAGUGGAACUUGGGGGACAACAAGUGGUUGGAUAAUUUGUAUUGGUUACAUCAUAAAUGGUGUCCUACUUUUGGCCGGGUUACUUUUUCUGCGGGUAUUAGAUCAACGCAAAGAAGUGAAAGCACUAAUAGUGUCUUUCAAGAUGUGGCAUGUAAGACCAUAACUUUGUCUGAAUUUGUUAGUCAUUAUGAGAAGCAAGCAGAAAAAAUGCGCAAUGCUGAAGUUACUGAUUAUUUUGAGUGUGCUCGAGGAAGGCCACAAAUUAUGGUUGCAAAUAGUGGAAUAUUGAAACAUGCUGCACAUGUUUACACUCAUGUCAUUUAUAGAAAAUUCCAGGCUGAGUUCUUGCAUGCCAUGUCUAAACAUAUUCCGAGAUCAGAUAUUGAUGGGCCAUCGCACACUUACAUCUUGGGAGCUGAAAUUAGUGAAAGAAAGCAUAUUGUCCAUUUUUUUCCAAGCGAUUCUACCAUUACAUGUAGCUGCAAGUUAUUUGAGAUGCAAGGAUGGUUAUGCAGGCAUGCUUUAUGUAUAUUGACACACGUUGUAAAUGUUACAUGCAUUCCAUCACAAUACAUUUUGAAGAGAUGGACAAAAGCUGCAAAAGACAUUAGUCUUUGUGAUGAUGUUAGGGAAAAUUUUCAUGAUGCGAUGAAGUCAAAGACAUUGCGCUUGAAGAGGUUGAUGCAAUUGUCUUUCAGUGUUAUGAACAUCGGUGCGAAUCAUGAUAUUACGGAGAAGAUGGCAACAUCAAACUUGUUACAUCUCCGCUCCCAUAUUACGAACAAAAUGCAAUCUCUCACAGGUAAAGAUGAUGUUCAUUUCUCGCGGGAAAAUGAUGAAUCUGAAUGUGCAGAAAAUUGUGGGAAUGAAAUACUCGAUCCCCUUCGGAGAAGGCCAAAAGGUGUACCAAAUACUCGGUUGAAGGGCGCUAGUGAGAAGCGAAAGAGAAAAGAAUCUUCAUCAAGAGGAGGGACUUGA